CCGGGCGACUGCGGAAGGAGCACCGCACAGCUCGUGACCAGGCGUCGUCUGAUUGGCCACAACCACACCGAACUCACUUGAAAGUGAGGCGAACCACGUCGGCUGUGGUUCGCCGGCCCAACAACAAUGGCCGACGCCAUCGUCGUCAACGUUGCCUCUCUCUCUCUCUCUCUCGCCCUCUCGUGCUUGCUCUUGUCGCCGGUGUCAGCCUCCUUUUCUUUUCCCGGACGACUCUGGUCCGCCCGUUGUUCCAUCCAGCAGCCGUGUCUGGUCUGCGCCAGCCAGGCGUUGCUCUUGUCCAUUGAUUCAUCCUUCACUCGCUCACUCAGCCGCCGCGGAGUGGGUGCUCCUCCUGUCCACUGCCCCCGUCACGUCAAGUCACGUCACGCCCAACCGCCGUGCACUGAUCAAGUUGGCAAAUCAUCAAGCAAGCAAGCGACCUUGGAAGCAAGCACGCACGCACGUACGCAGGCAAGCUUGACGCCGUGCGACCCAGCCAAACUCUCCGCCCACUCGGGCAUUCAUCCAGUACCGCCGCCCGCCCGCCCGCCCGCCCGCCAGCCUUCCUGUCCUGUCCUGUGCACCGGACUGACAAACAAGGACCGUCACCUGCCGCACCUCGUGAGCAUCCCUCGACAGCGGCGGUCCCCGGCUCUUCCCCACUGAGCUGUCUGUCUCUGCUUGCUGCGCGUCUGGUCGACUCCACGAGCCACCCGCUCUUCACCGAAUCGACGGCCACCUGCGGCAGUGGCUUCAGUGACACCCACCACCGCUCGCGAACGCACCACUCGCGAACCAUCUUGACUCCCCAUGUUCCGUUGAGCCCCUUUCCCCUCCGCGUUGGCCCUACGGUACAGCCCUUCAACUGGACGUCGUCGUGGCGUUCUUCUCGUCAGGUGCUGUCUCUACUCUCGACUUGCUGUGACAGUAUCAGCGUCUGGUGUCCUCGUGCACACCGCUCGUUACUCGAGUCUUCGACCCAGAUUCUUUUGCACAGCUGUCAACUCCACGACGCCCUGUUCCACUGCUGCGGCCACAUAUUUCGGUGCAUGACACCCCCCCUUUCCCCAUUCAGCCGUUUAGCUGCUUGCGCCCUAUGAGCCUGAGCCCGCUACUUGCGUGUUGCGUCCCGACCUACGUAGGGCUAACUUGGCACUCGGCUGUGGUGUCCAAUUUUGUGCCAACUCUCCAUCAUUUGACAGGACUACAAUCUCUCUCUCUUCCGUGCGGCUCUUUCCUUCGGCCAGCCUUAUAAGCCCGCCUCGCCUCACUUUGCCUGACGUCUCCUGCAUGUCCGCUCUUGGAAGGGUUAGCAUCUCUACACCAAUACGACAACAUUGCAACAGGCAACGGCCGUGAAAUCACUAAAUUGCCUGCUCACAGCCCGGAUGCACUCGUCAUCUGCUUCCUGCCGCGCUGCCAACCUCCGGACGUCGCUGCCGUGAGUCACUGGACACUGCAGGGAGCCAAGAUCCGCCGUCGAUGAUAAUACACACCAAGCCUCUGUGAACAACGUCAAGUUUAUCGUUUAGGACCGAUACUAUGGAUCAUCCGUACUUGCAAUACCCCCCGAGCGCGAUCCCGGGUGAGCAUACUGGAUAUGCGGAGCCAUGGCCCCUACAUAUUUUCUCCGCUGCACCCCGAAAGAGUGAGCCAUGGAAUGGACUUUUGCAAGCACCGUCUCCGAGUGACCAGCAUGGCCAAUACAUCUCAUCCGGGCAAUAUCCUCAUGACCACAGCUUCACGGACUAUCGAAGCGCCGCCUCUCCAUCUGUUUGUUCCUCUCAGCUGCCCGGUGACUCGGGAUACGGAGGUAGUCGCGCCACGUAUAGCAUCGCUAGCGCGUCUAUACACGGAGAUGACUCGGCACUCGAUUUGAACAUCGGAAAGGCCAUGGGUGGGUGUCAACUCGACCCAGCCCAGGAUGUACUCGCUACCCGGGUGACGUCCCGCGCACCCGGCGGAAAGUUGGUGUGCACGGAAUGUUCCACAACGGUCAAGAGUCAGGGCGAACUUAAGUGAGUUUUGCGUGCCUCUUCUCCGACUGUUUGCUCACUACCAGACAGGAAACAUAUGCAGCGGCAUUUGAAGGCUCACAAAUGUCCUUAUCCGGAUUGUGUCAAAGGUCAACGAGGCUUCAGCACUUCCAACGACCUUGUGCGCCACAAGAGAUCGGUACAUGGAGAGCAUGCGCUUCCGGGACGGUCAUUCGUCUGCCCUCAUUGUAAUUCGGGCAGCAGAAGCCCCAAGAUCUGGCCCAGGGCAGAUAAUUUCCGAUCACAUCUUCAACGCGCCCAUGGCAUCCGAAUGAGCGCCGACGACGAUCAUAAGGAAUAUAUCUAUCGGCCACCGGAGGACAAGAUGAACCUCGAGGGAGUUGGUAGCUUUCACGUGACUGGAACCGAACGGCCACCGUACUUGCAGGGCUCUCCCGUUUCUUCGGAUCAAUCGACGUCUUUGGAUCAUCAAUUUCGAGACGAGCAACUCAUCUCCCUACAAGAGUCCUCCAUGGGUAUUGAUCCUUCGAUCUUCCGGAGCCCCGAUCUAGUCAGGCCCACGACUACUUCUAACACCGACAACGACAAUGGGCUCGUAGAGCCCAUAGCCGAAGCGGGCAGCCUGGAUACCCAGUCUAUCGGAGAAUACGAUUUGCAGACUUCUCCAGGUUUCGAAAUGGACUCUCCAGAGUAUGACGGACCGGCCGGUAUCGGCCAUGCUACAGACACGCCGGCACCAACCCUCCCUGAGCCGUUGGAAAAGCCAUCGCCGCAGCCAGAGCGACAUGAGCUAAGCGUAACCCGCUUAGGACCCAGUGAGUGUACCCUACCUGGCGUCGAGGACCACAGAGCCGACUUGGCACUUCCGCAGCGGUGCAACGGCGGCCCGCAGUUCAGCGCCAUCAUGGAACUUUUCAAAUCAAAGGCCCACGGUGCCUAUCGCGAUAGAGAGGAAAUCAUCAGGCUCCUCACAGCGGUACCUACGGAGGAUCUCCAGACUGCGCUCCGGGCUCGCCAAGAUGCGGGGGAUACCUGCCAGAGUGAUGAUGAUCUUAGCACCCGCGCCGGAUGCCGUGACUGUGGGAAGACCUUUAGCCGGCUGUGCGAAUUGAAAAAGCACAUGAAGAGACACCAGAAGCCGUACGGCUGUACUUUUAAGCAAUGCUCUAAGAGAUUCGGGAGCAAAAACGAUUGGAAGAGGCACGAGAGCAGCCAGCACUAUGAGUUGGAGACGUGGAACUGUGACAAGCCUGGCUGCAAAAAAACGUGCCAGCGGAGAGAGAGCUUCAAAAACCACCUGCAGAAGGACCACGACGUGAAAGACACUGAAGAGAUAGAGCAACUGCUGGAGAAGUGUCGGAUGGGCCGCCACUGCGGCCCACGAUUCUGGUGCGGGUUCUGUGUCGAUGUCAUUGAGAUCACUGCCAUCGAUCGAGGGGGCAACUCGUGGACCAAGCGCUGCGACCAUAUCGACAAUCAUCUAUUCGGCAAAGAGGGUCUGGAGAAAUAUGACAUCUCAAAAUGGAAACAUCAAGAAGACUUGGACGACACGGUCAGAGAGAACGUCGACGACAUUCUGGCCGUGCCCGACAAGUGCACAGCCGCGGGAUCUGGCGCCAAAAAGCGCAAAAGCAGCGACAACAUUGAUGAACGGCCAUCGAAGAAGCCUUCAUACAUGUGGCAAUGCUGCAUUUGUGACACGACCAUGAACUUAAAGACGUCGCCCUCUUGCGUUGGAUGCGAACACGUGCGUUGCGCAACGAACUGUAUGAUUGAGCAGGUCGAGUCCAGCAAUGAUGAGGUGGUUGCCAUGGAAGUGGAGGUCGAGGGGACGGCGGUCGCGGGAGACGACAUGCCACGGACAUGAGAUUACGACGAAAACGACAUCAAGGACAGCCAUGACGAGCACAUUGUAUUCUCUCUACCGCAUACCAUUCUCGGGGGGGAUUUGUAAUACGGUCGGUUAUAGAGUGUCACUGGACUACGCUGGGCGAGUGUGUUGUUGGCUAUUAUUACACGUUGAUUUGCGUAUUCUACUG